AUCUUGUACACUUUCUCCUCAAGAAAUCACAGAAAUGGCGGACUGGGCUUUACAAGCUGUCAUCAGACCUAAACAAUAUGAUGAUGAUUACUUUGGAUCCAUUGAUACCAAGAAAGAAUAUGAUCAAGCUCUUCUCUUCUGUUUCCCUCACCUCUUUGAUCAUCAAGCAUCUACACCCGCCAUGGAAACAGUUGUUGGAGAUGAACUAGACCAGCUUUACAAGCCUCUUUAUCCUAUUUUUGGUACUGAGAUCGAGCUUCCUCCUCCUCCUGCUGGUGCUGCCGAUGCUGAUCUUCAGGUAAUUCAUCAUCAUCAUCAUGAUCCUUACCAAGAAGUUCAACAAGAUCAAGAACAAGCUGAUAUUAAGACCUAUUGUGGGUCUGCUUCAAAGAUCUCUCAACUUGCACCAAAGCUCAAGAAAAGAAAGAAUCAACAAAAGAGGGUGGUGGUUCAAGUAACAGCCGAUGGCUUGUCUUCGGAUCCAUGGGCUUGGCGUAAAUAUGGUCAAAAACCAAUCAAAGGUUCAAUCUAUCCAAGAAGCUAUUAUAGAUGUAGCAGUUCAAAAGGGUGUAUGGCAAGGAGACAAGUUGAGCAAAGUUGCACCGAUCCAAGCAUCUACAUUUUAACCUACACGGCGGAGCACAACCACCCACAACCAACUCGCCGGAAUUCCUUAGCCGGAAUCAACCGCAACAAAUUCAAGGCUACUCCAAAAAGCCCUACUAUUAGCGACGGUUGUAAAACCGUCCCAAUAACCAUGGACUCGCCCUUUAAUUCUCCAACAACCCCUUCAGUUUCAUCAAAUGACGAGGAAGUCCUCCAACAAUCAAAUAUCAAACAAGAAACAAUGUUUUACAGUAACUUUGACGAUCAAGGACAUACAAUGAUGACGGGUAUGAAUGAGGUUUUUAGCGACGAUUUCUUCGAGGGUUUGGAGGAUUUAUCAUCUUAUAAUUGCUCAAACAGACAAUUUCCUCAUGUGUUUUCUUAGCUCUCAAUUUCUUGUUUGAGCAUAUGAUGUUAUUUUUUGUAAAUUCACUAGUAGAGUUAAUAAUGUUGGAC